AUGCAGCGACCACCGACACAAGAAUGUGUUUCUAAAGUAGAUAUUCAAGUAGAAUGUAGAAGUCUUCUGAAUAAAGACACAACAUCCAAAUCUGACCCAUGUGCUGUUUUAUAUAUGUCCAGAUCUGGAGCUCAAUUUUAUGAGGUGGGAAGAACAGAGAAUGUCAAGAAUUGUCUGGAUCCCAAGUUUGCUAAAAGUUUUGUUACUAAUUAUUAUUUUGAAGAAGUUCAGAAAGUUCGGAUAGCUGUAUAUGAUUUGGACAAUAAAACCCUGGAUUUAUCUGAUGAUGAUUUUCUUGGACAAAUUGAAUGUACACUUGGACAGUUGGUGUCUAACAACCCUUACAGUAAACCUCUUUUGUUGAAAAAUGGUCAAAAAGCUGGAAUGGGAACAAUAACAUUGAGGACUGAAGAGGUGAAGGAAGGUGGUGAAAUUUUAAACAUGACUUUCAGGGCAGCAAAAUUAGAUAAUAAGGAUUUUAUGGGGAAAUCAGAUCCGUUUUUAGAGAUUUUAAAAUCAACUGUUGAUGGAUCUUGGCAAGUUGUACAUAGAACUGAGGUGGUAAAGAAUAAUUUAAACCCCAGCUGGAGACCGUUCAGUGUUUCUCUACAGACUUUAUGUGGUGGUAACAGAAACAGUCAAAUCAGGUUUGAUAUCUAUGAUUGGGAUAGUGAUGGUUCUCAUGAUCUUAUUGGAGGCUUUAAGACCAGUGUAGAAGAAAUGAUCUCCAGUAAAUCUGAGCCGGCCUGGCCUUGUAUCAAUGAAAAGAAAAAAGCCAAGAAGAAAAGUUACAGUAACUCAGGCAUGGUUUAUUUAACAGCAUGUAAGAUUAGUAAAGAUCAUAGCUUCCUCGAGUAUAUAUUUGGUGGAAUGCAGGUGAAUUUUACUGUAGGGAUAGAUUUUACUGCUUCUAAUGGUAACCCCCAACAACCAACAUCUCUACAUUUUAUAGACCCCUAUAGACCUAACGAAUACAUACAGGCCAUCAGAUCAGUGGGCGGAGUCUGUCAAGAUUAUGAUACAGAUAAAAUGUUUCCUGUUCUGGGAUUUGGAGCUAAGAUUCCUCCACAGUUUGAUGUUUCACAUGAAUUUGCUGUUAAUUUUAACUUACAAAAUCCUUUUUGUGCAGGUAUUGAAGGUGUGGUACAGGCCUAUAUGAACUGUAUAUCUCAGGUUCAACUGUACGGACCAACUAAUGCUUCUCCUACCAUUAACCACGUAGCAAGGUUUGCUGCUACUGCCCAACAAGAAGAAGGUACCAAGGGAGCUCAUGCGUAUUAUGUAUUACUAUUACUAACUGAUGGUGUUUUAACAGAUAUGUCUAAUACUCUACAUGCUAUAGUCCAAGCCUCUAAACUGCCAAUGUCUCUGAUUAUUGUGGGUGUGGGAACAGCUGAUUUUACUGAUAUGAAUACUCUGGAUGGUGAUAAUGGCAUGCUGAGAGCUCCUAAUGGGGAAGUCGCCAAACGUGACAUCGUACAAUUUGUACCUUUUAGAGAUUUUAAACAGGCUUAUCCUGCUGAAUUGGCACGCCAUGUUUUAGCUGAGGUACCUAAACAAGUUACAGGGUAUUAUAAAAUGAGGGGGCUGGUCCCUAACGUCCUGAAACCCAACCCUCCUCCCCCAGCACAGUAA